AAGCGUCCCUGGAAGGUGGCGCUCGCCGCCGCACAGGCGCACUCCUUCCCCGGCGCAUGCGUCCAGGGGCCGGCCAGCGGUCCCCGUCUCCGGUGACGUGGCGACGCGCAGGCGGAGCCAAGGUCGGUAGCUGGCGGGCAGGCGGGUGGGGGAGGAAGAGCGAGGUGAGCAGGGACGUCAGAGUGGAGAGCGGAAGGUCAGGGAGGCUCAGAGCGGAAGUGAGACUAAGGCGUCUGUCCGCCAUUGUGGACCCGAGGAGCGAAGAGCGAGAGGGGGAAGAGGAACCUGCACGCCGAAAAGAAGGGCCCCUUCCACGGACCCCGGAGCGCGAGGCCCUCUUUCUGGCUUCUGAACGAGCGGCGGCAGCGGCGCCGGCUGGAUCAGUCACUCGGCGGAGGGCGGCAGCCAACUGCUGUGAGUGCACGGGGAGAGGCCCAAGCGGCGGCGGCGGCGGCGGCAGCAGCUCUCGGGUUGCGGUGAAGAAUGUCAGCCACUAGCGUGGAUCAGAGACCUAAAGGGCAAGGAAAUAAAGAUCUGUGGGGAGGUGGCACUUUGCAAGGCUAUUUGAAAUGCUAAGUGUUUUGUGUUACCUGCUUUAAGGUGGGAAAACAUGAUGCACAGAUCUGUUGACUUUCCUAACUUGAUGUAGUCAGGACCAGAGCAAAGAAUCACCUGGCUCCUAAGGCCCAUGUUCUAUCUUGAUUUGACUCUGCUUCAUAGAGCAGAGGAAACAGGCGAAGAAUCAUUUUCAGUACAAAACGGUUCGAUUCAUCAAAAAGAUGCUGUAAAUGAUGAUGAUUUUGAGCCAUACUUAAGUAGCCAGACAAAUCAGAGUAACAGCUAUCCACCAAUGUCAGAUCCAUACAUGCCUAGUUACUAUGCUCCGUCCAUUGGAUUUCCAUAUUCUCUUGGGGAAGCAGCAUGGUCCACGGCUGGAGACCAACCUAUGCCGUAUCUGACAACCUAUGGACAAAUGAGUAAUGGAGAACAUCAUUAUAUACCAGAUGGUGUGUUUAGUCAACCUGGGGCAUUAGGAAAUACCCCUCCAUUUCUUGGUCAACAUGGAUUUAACUUUUUUCCUGGUAAUGCUGAUUUCUCUACAUGGGGGACAAGUGGAUCUCAGGGACAAUCAACACAAAGUUCUGCUUAUAGUAGCAGUUAUGGCUAUCCACCUAGUUCUCUUGGGAGAGCUAUUACAGAUGGACAGGCUGGAUUUGGCAAUGAUACUUUGAGUAAGGUGCCUGGCAUUAGCAGUAUUGAGCAAGGCAUGACCGGACUGAAAAUUGGUGGUGACCUGACAGCUGCAGUGACAAAAACUGUAGGUACAGCCUUGAGCAGCAGUGGUAUGAGUAGCAUUGCAACCAAUAGCGUGCCCCCAGUUAGCAGUGCAGCGCCUAAACCAACCUCCUGGGCUGCCAUUGCCAGAAAGCCUGCCAAACCUCAACCGAAACUUAAACCCAAGGGCAAUGUGGGAAUUGGGGGUUCUGCUGUGCCACCACCUCCUAUAAAACACAACAUGAAUAUUGGAACUUGGGAUGAAAAGGGGUCAGUGGUAAAGGCUCCACCAACCCAACCAGUUCUGCCUCCUCAAACUAUAAUCCAGCAGCCUCAGCCAUUAAUUCAACCACCACCAUUGGUGCAAAGCCAACUGCCUCAACAGCAGCCUCAGCCACCGCAACCACAGCAGCAACAAGGACCUCAGCCCCAGGCCCAGCCUCACCAAGUGCAGCCCCAACAGCAACAGCUGCAGAAUCGCUGGGUAGCUCCUCGGAAUAGGGGAGCUGGAUUCAACCAGAACAAUGGAGUGGGCGGUGAAAACUUUGGUUUAGGUGUUGUUCCUGUCAGUGCUUCACCUUCUAGUGUAGAAGUGCAUCCAGUGCUGGAAAAGCUAAAGGCCAUAAACAAUUAUAAUCCCAAAGACUUUGACUGGAACCUGAAGAAUGGACGUGUGUUUAUAAUUAAAAGCUAUUCUGAGGAUGACAUACACCGUUCAAUUAAGUACUCUAUCUGGUGUAGUACUGAGCAUGGUAAUAAGCGUUUGGAUGCAGCUUACCGUUCCCUGAAUGGGAAAGGCCCACUCUAUUUACUCUUCAGUGUGAAUGGCAGUGGACAUUUUUGUGGAGUGGCUGAAAUGAAGUCUGUUGUGGACUAUAAUGCAUAUGCUGGUGUCUGGUCUCAGGAUAAGUGGAAGGGCAAAUUUGAAGUUAAGUGGAUCUUUGUCAAAGAUGUCCCCAAUAACCAAUUACGGCAUAUUCGCUUAGAAAAUAAUGACAACAAACCAGUUACCAAUUCAAGGGACACUCAAGAGGUACCCCUAGAAAAAGCUAAGCAAGUGCUUAAAAUAAUUGCUACUUUCAAGCAUACCACCUCAAUCUUUGAUGACUUUGCACAUUAUGAAAAGCGUCAAGAAGAGGAGGAAGCCAUGCGUAGGAAGCAAGUCAGAAUGUCCAGCCCCACACUUUACAGGAGGAAAAGCAAGCUCCACCUCAUUCAGGAAAGAAUAUUAAAGAAUUUGUGAAUUUUUUUUAUUGUUAUUUUAGUUGUUAUUUAGCUCUUGUAUUUGUUCUUUUUCCUACUUCUAGAAUAUUCAUUUUGUCUUAGAUUUAUCCUAUAAUUCUCUUAUUUUUUUCUUUGUGAUUUCCAGCUCUCUUUCCUGCUUUGCAAUCAAGGUAAUUCUCAGAGUUAAUAUUUCUGCUCCUUAAAUGAGGCAGUGACCAUUUUCCCCUUUAAUUCAUCUACCUAAACUUUCAAUUUGAAAGUCAGAUUUUUAAGCUAGACAAAAGGUGUUUGUUGCAUUUCGGCCUCAAGUGACUGCCUGCCUGCUUUCUCUCUCUCUCUCUUUUUUCCCCUCCAGGUAUUCACUGGGUCUUUCAGCAGUUCUGUUUUAUUGUACUCUUGUUCCUAGUGCUUAUUCUCAUUUUCUUUUUGGAUGGUGCGGCUUCUUAGAUACACAGUUGCUUUUUCCCUUGUGACCUAUGUAGUCUCAGGUCUGGUUACUGAAAUAUCACUAAUAGUGAUAAACCUACCAGUGAUUACAAGGAAAUAAGUUAUUUACUCGUAAUGUUAAGGGCAAGCUGUCGGCCCCUCUGAGGGCACUGAUGAAAAUUUUGUUUUCCCGCUGUUUCGUAGGUAGGGAAGUCUUAGCUCAUCCAUUAUACUCUGUCAAAAAGGCAUGGGUUGGCAAGUACACUUCCUCCUGGAGCUCAUCUCCAUAGGCCAAUUUCUGCAUCUGGGCCUUAGGAUCACAUAUUGGUCUCCAGUGUCUGCUCAGUUCGAGGUGGGGAAGAAGCCCAAUACCCGAGACUCAAAAGCCCUCAAAUCUCUGAAUCUGUCUGGUCGAGGCCAGCUCUGUUAUUGGAAAAUGAGAGAUGGAGGGAUCCCUCUGCAGAUUGUCUUUUGAAUUGUCAGUCAUUAUUAAAAGUGAAAAUUCUAUGAGUCACUUUGGAAAGUUUGUGUCCUAAAGAGUGUGUGUUUAAAGUGCCUUCUUCUGAACUAUCAAUGAAGACACAGUCCUUUAGGUGUACUGGACCAUGGCUCCUUUUGUAUAAUUCAGGUUUUCUUUCUCCCUGUGUUACUUCCCAGCAACACACCAGUACGUGUAAUUUAUAAUGUCAGCUGUGUAAUAUAUAUUCCAUUUUAGAACAGCACAAGAAGUUAUCACUGAUAGCUCCAUAUUGCUUAGUCUCAUAUUUCUAGUGGUCUGUGAUUGAUAGCAUGCCCAUAGAGAGCUCAUUAUAUUUAAAUACUUAUUUAAUAUUAACAGUGUCAGGCUCAGUUCUAGAUCUUGUUAACAUAAAUGCGGGUUUUGUUGUCUUAAAGCUAAGGUAUUGACCAUAUUCAGGAAGACCUGAGUUUUGAUGGACAUUUACUAUGUUGAGGGCUUCCAAAUUUGUAUACCCACCCCGGACCUUUCCUCCCAUCUCCAGACUCAUAUAUCAAACUGCCUAUUUGACAUCUUCUCACAGCUGUUUAAUAAGCAUCUGAAAUCUAAUAUAACUCCCCUGUUUCUUUGCCUGCCCCAAACCUCUGUCUGUGUACAGGGCACCACUGCCCUUCUAGUUACGGGACUCAUUUUUGAUACUUUUCUCAUUCCGCAUCUAAUCACAGUUGGUACAUCAGUAAGUAAGUAAGUCUUGUUGAUUCUGCUUUCAAAACAUACCCCAAAUCUGAGCUCUUCACUAGCCCUGUAUCUUUCAUCUCCAUUGAAGGGCUGUUAUUAUUGUACUGGAUUAUUACUGUGCUGGCCUUACUGGCCUUCCUGUCCUCACCUUUGCUCCUCUACACUCUGUUACCAGCAAAACAGCCUUUAAGAGAUCCUUUUGUGACAAGUGAGACUAGACUGUUACUUUUUCAUUCUUCUUUUGACAGUGUUAGUAUCAAAGCAUUGCUAACCUCAAAAUACUCAGAACCAUUCCCCCUUUUUCUAGUCUAUGGAAUAGUUGGUGUUAAGUUUAGAAUGAUCAAUUAUAGGAUAAUUAGUUAAAUGUACAUCUUAAAACCAUGUGAGUCUGGGGGCUCUUGGCUGGCUCUUGUUCUCAGGGUCUUGAGUUUGAGCCCCACGUCACGUGUAGAGAUUACAUACAUGCAUGCAUGCAUACAUAUGUGCAUAACAAACAAAAACAUGAGCCUGGUGGGUUUUCCUGGGGGGUAGAUUUUUAAUUGUUGAUUAACGUUCUUUAGUUCUUACAGGUCUUUUCAGGUUUUCUGUUUAUUCUUGAGUUUGGUUUGGUAAAUUGUAUGCAGGUAAAUUGUAUUUUUAGGAAGUUGCUUUAAAAGGUUUUUUUUGCUUAUUGGUGUGAGUAGUAUUUUUAUUUUUUAGUUGUAUCAGUCUCAUGAUAUUAAAUGCAUCUUCUUUUUAAAUCAGUCUUUCCGGAGAUUUUUUCUAUUGUUAGGUUUUUUUUUUUUCUCCCAAACACUAGCUUUCCCCUCCAAACACCAAUUUUUAUUCUCUUUGGUUCUCUUUCUUCUUGUUUUAUGUUCCAUUAUUUUCUGCUGCUAUCUUAUUUCAUUCCUUCUACUUUUGGGGACUUAUUACUCAUUUCCUAACAUAUUGAGUUGGAUGAUGAGCUCAUUAUUUUUCAGACUUUUUUUUUUUAAAGUUUUGCAUAUGUAAAUUCCUAAGUGUUCGGUGGGGCUUAGACUAAGCAUUUUCAUUGUACUGAUGUAAAAUUUUUUGAAUUUCCAUUGUGAUUUUUUGGGAGACUUUUAGAAGUGUGUUUUUAGAAUUUCCAAAUGUGGGUAAGGUGUUCUGUUGCUUAUCUGUUUCGCUUCUAAAACUGAUGUCAGAAAAUGUGAUGUUGCAUGACAUGGACUCUUUGGUAUUUAAUGAGAUUUGCUUUCCAGUCUGCCAUAUAGUCACCUUUUGUGGUUGUUCAGUGUAUACCCUAUAAUUGCCUCAGUUUUCUAUAUUAUGUAUAUUCAGUCUAUAUUUUUACUACUAUUUCUGCUUUACCAAUUAAUGUGUUAAAUUCUCCUGCUAUAAUGAGAAUACUGUCAAAUUUUCUUUAUAAUUCUGACAACUUCUAAUAUAUGUAAAGUUUUUUUAGUUUAAUGUUAUCACAGUUUAUUUUUAAAAUGUCUGUUAUUUAGUAUGCAGUGACCGUUUUAUCUCCCAACAAUGGUUUUUGCCUUCAAAUCAGUUUUAUCUGGUAUUAAUAUAGUUGUUUCAGUCUUUAUUUGGUUUGUGUUGUCUUAUGUCUUUUCAUUACUUUUAACUUUGUGUUCUUACGUUUUAAGUUGUUUUCUUGUAAUCAUGUAUAACUGGAUUUUUGAAACAUCUAAAUUGUUAUGUUUUCAUUGAUGAACAUACAUUUUUUUGUUCCUUGAUAUAAAUGUGUAUUUCUGCUGUCUUAUUUUGUACUUUCUAAUUAAAUCUAGAUCAUUCGAAGCCCCUCCCCACCCCCGACCCAUCUGUUCUAUUGGAUUGAUUUUUUUUAAUUUUCCUCUUUUUCUGUCCACUGAGUUAGAAGUUACGUAUUACAUAUAUAAAUUUAUUAUAAUACAUGUGUAAUUUAUAUAUUUUAAAUUUGAUCCAAAGUGCAUAGUUGAUUACUGUUCAAACUGAAAUAGCAUCUCUAACUUCUAUUUAAAUAAUACAUGAUCCUCAUUGAUACAUCUGAUCAUUUCCCUUGAGUUAAAGUUCUUUGUCUAACAUAUCCUUAAAUAGUGCCAUUUUUUUGGUCUGUACUUUUGGGGCUCUUUGUGGAGUUGAUGAAUUUGUCUAGUUUUUUAUAUCUGGCUAAUUAAAGCAGGCUUCAGAAUUUUUCAUACAAAUCUAUUUGUUUCCCUCAGUUUAGAACUGAAUUUAUGUUUAGGCUGGUUUUUUAAAAGCUUAAGGCCUUUAUAAAAUUAGACUACAGCAUCCUGGUAUUAAAUUCUCAUUUUGUCUUUUUUUUAUAUUGUUGGAUUUUUCUUUUUGUUUAUCCUUUUGAAGUAUGAUUAAUUAGCUAGCUUUGUGUCUGCUUUCAUUUUGUUUAAUUUCAGAGUACUUCCAGUGAUGAUGUGUGUAUAAGAUUAUUUGUAGCUAUCAUGUAGUAGGGCAUUUAUUUUAUUAGCUUUAUAAAAUACUGUUCUUAAGGUCUAGGAGUAAAUUAAAAUUAAAAAAGAAAGGAAUUUAGUAACAAAGAACUUAAAAGUUCUCUUUGGAACAUAAAGUAACAGUUUUCUGAUGCUGUCACAGGAUGGGAAACUAAUUUGACCAUUUGCAAAGUGUAUUCAUAUUUAUUAUAGAACAUGUAUUACUUAUGGAAAAAUAAAAAUGGGAGUAGUGAAAACAGAGAGAGUGAGUCAUAAUUUGUUUAAACACAGGUGGUUUUCAGAGUAUGUUUUCUGGACCAGCAGUGUCUGGAUCACCUGUGAACUUGUUAGAGGUACAAACUUAGAGGGGCGGCUGGGUGGCUCAGUCGGUUAAGCAUCUGUCUUAGGCUAGGGUCAUGGUCCCAGGGUCCUGAGAUUGAGCUCCGCAUCGGGCUCCCUGCGUGGUGGGGAGCCUGUUUCUCCUUCUCCCUCUGCCCUGCUGCUCCCCCUGCUUGUCUGCUCUCUCUGUCAAAUAAAUAAGAUCUUUAAGAAAAAAACAAAAACAAAAAAACCACCAAGGUGGUGCAAACAAACUACAUGAUGCAUUCACUUGAUAGACAUGCAUAAUGCUGGUUGUCCUUUUUUUCACAGAAGUACUGUAGAUAAAUAUUUGGUUAAUAAACAUCGUGAAAACAUCACUCAGUCUUACUUUUGUUCAAGGGAUUUCCACUUUCUUAAAGGAAUUAAUAAAUAAUCAUGUUUCUUGAUACAAAAAAGUUACAAUAAUGAGUGUGGGAAUGUGAUAUAGAGGAAGUUUGUGAUUGAGAGUGUUUUUUAAUUAACAUGAGAAUCUCAGUGUAAGGCGAGUUAAAUGCAGUUUAAUGCAACUCUUCCUUUCCUCCUAACUACCUAGCCGAUAGGUUUCAAAUUGCUACAGAGGCCUAUUAGUCUAUUUGAUACCGCACCAUUAAAAAAACUCAUUAAAAGGCCUAAAAAGACGUUUCGUAUUCUCACCUUAAACAAAAUCUCAUGGGGAGGUAGGGCUGUGGAGAGGGCCAUACUCUCCUGAAGUAGGUCUUUGUAUUUAGAUUGCUUCAUUUUAAAAUGUUUUGUGAUAACCAUCCCUCUGUGGUGUGUACAGGUAGUAGUAAAUCCUUUUUAAUUACUGCAGUUAGUAGUUGAAGAAGUUUUUAUGAAGAUGGUUGGCAUUAUAGUACAAAUAAUUAAAAUUUUUAAAUAAUGGUAGUAUUU